CGGCGGCUGAGGUGGCUGAACUGCGAGGUGUGGGGAGAGGGCGCCGGAUCCCGGUGUAGAGAGGGGCGGUGUGAAGGCGAGAAGAGCGUCUCCACCCCCUCUCCGGCCCAGAAAGUGGUUUCCGCUGGUCCCUAGGAAUCUCGGAGUACCGGAUCUGGAUCGGUGGGGCGGGGUCCUUGGAGGGGACUCAGCGCCCCCUCCUGGGAACCGGCGGUCUCGUCGCUGGGACCGCUGUUGGAGCCCGGUUGGAGACAUUCCCUGAACUCCUGGGGAGCCCAGUCCCUCGGGGGCGGGAGACCCCCCUGGUUUAGUACUCCUGCAUCUCCUACCAUCGCAGGGCCCCUCCCCUAGUAGCCUAUGUCCCUUGUUCGUGGUCAUGGAGACAUUUCGGCCACCACGGCGGCGCCCCUGUCUGAAGAAGGGGAGGUGACCUCUGGCCUCCAAGCUCUGGCGGUGGAGGAUACCGGAGGCUCCUCUGCUUCGGCCAAUAAAGCCGAGGAAGAGGGGGAAGGAGGCCAGCAGGAGACCGAGCUUGAGGGGCCCGGGGUCGAGGAGGUGCAGGGAGAAGCCCCCUGCACCGAAGGGGAAGAGCAUGCCAAGGGAGAAUCCGAAGACUGGUGCGUACCCUGCAGCGAUGAGGAGAUGGAGCUGCCCGCAGAUGGGCAGGCCUGGAUGCCUCCCCCGUCCGAAAUCCAGCGGCUCUAUGAACUUCUGGCUGCCCACGGUACCCUGGAGCUUCAGGCUGAGAUCCUGCCCCGCCGGCCACCCACACCUGAGGCCCAGAGUGAAGAGGAGAGAUCGGAUGAGGAGCCUGAAGCCAAAGAAGAGGAAGAGGAAAAACCGCACAUGCCUACAGAAUUUGACUUUGAUGAUGAGCCAAUGACCCCAAAGGACUCCCUGAUUGACCGGAGACGCACCCCAGGAAGUUCCGCCCGGAGCCAGAAACGGGAGGCCCGCCUAGACAAGGUCCUCUCAGACAUGAAGCGACACAAGAAGCUGGAGGAGCAGAUCCUUCGUACUGGCAGGGAUCUCUUCAGCCUGGACUCAGAGGACCCCAGCCCCACCAGCCCCCCGCUCCGGUCCUCAGGGAGCACACUCUUCCCCCGGCAACGGAAAUAUUGAGUGUUGUUGCAGCCUUUAGCGUGCAGAGCUUAUACCUUCUGGGCUCUCCUUCCCUAACUCUGGGCACUGGGAACUGGGCAAGAGGAGAGAGCUCCCAAGCUCCCAACACCGCACCUUGCCAGAAAGAGGACAUGUGUGUGUAUUUAUGCUUUCUGUUGAACAUUUAUUUGGAGACCUGGGCUGAAUUUUUGGAAUCUAGAAUAAAAAAAACACAAAGUUA